CGACAGCGAGUCCAAAAAAAAUAAAUUUAAAUUAACUUAUAAUUUUUGUUAUUUUCCGCCAUCCUCCCAAGAAAAAAAGCAGCCUGCAAAAUUACCAGUCAUUCAACUCCAUUACUGCAUCGCCUAGUUGGUCUACUUGCACAGUGGCCCAUCUCGAAACUUGAAUCCAGACAAACUGCAACCUCCUUUUUUUUUUUUUACUCUUCCAUUUCUCCAUCUAACCCAUCUCUGUCCUCGCAGUUUCAGAGCGAAGAUGGGAAGAGGAGCCAACGAAAUGAGAAGAGCAACAGUUAGGGUCAAGAUGGGGAGGAGAUUAACGGAAAUCCUCAAUUCAUCUUCUUCCGGCAAGUUCAGACUCAUACUAGUGGCCGCUUUCGCCGUCGUAUCUCUUCUCCUUGCUGCCGCCCUCCUUUCCCCGGAAAGCCCAUUUUUCUACCUUCCUUUGAGAAUAGCCUUAUCUUCCCGGCGGCCCAGAAUCUACGAUCCAACCUGUGACAGCCGCCGCGACCACCACAGCUACUCCGCCACUAAAUACCACAGAACCCCAUCCCCUCAACCGUCUCCUUACCUCCUCGCCAAGCUCCGCGACUACGAGGAUCUCCACCGCCGCUGCGGCCCCUUGUCUGACCCGACCCUAAACCCUCAAGAGUUCCGCACCGACGACUGCAAAUUCGUCGUGUACGCGCCUUCGCAGGGGCUGGGGAACCGAAUCCUCGGGCUUUCCUCCACUUUCCUCUACGCCCUGCUCACGAAUAGGGUCCUCCUCGUCGAAUUCGGACCCGACAUGGAAGAUCUCUUCUGCGAGCCGUUUCCGAACUCCACCUGGUACCUGCCCGAAACUUUUCCUUUCAGAUUUCAGUUACAAACGUACAGAUUCAGAAAAGCGUACAGCUUUGGAACCUUGCUGCAGAAGAAGGAGGAAGAUCAGCAGAAGAAAGGGGGGAAAUUUAGCCUCCUCGAUUCUUCGGCUCCGGCCCUCUUGCAGAUCUUCCUCCAAGAUAAGUACAACGAUUACGACAAGCUGUUCUUCAGAGACGAGAAUCAAGGGUUCGUCCACCGCGUUCCAUGGCUGGCUCUAGUACAUGAUGGGUAUUUCAUCCCCUGCCUUUUCCAGAUGCAGUCUUUUAGGUCCGAAUUGGAGAAAUUGUUCCCCGACCAAGAAACCGUUUUCCACCACUUGGCGAAAUACCUACUGAGCCCUUCCAACGAAGCUUGGGGGCACAUCACCGGAUUCUACGAAGCUUACUUAGCCAAAGCAGAGGAGCGAAUUGGGUACCAGAUUCGAGUCUUCGAGCCUAAGAAGACCCCAUUUCCGGCCGUGAUGAAACAGAUCAUGUCCUGCACUCAGAAACACAGAAUCCUGCCGCAAUCCAGCGAGGUGGCCCUCCGAAACGAGACAUCAAAGUCUAUCUUAGUUGCAUCGUUGUCGCGCAAGUACUACGAGGAGAUCGAUUCGAUGUACGGUGAACGAAGUCACUGCGGGAUUGCAGUUUACCAGGCGAGCCACGAGGGGAAGCAGCAUUUUGGGGAUAACUCGCACAACAUGAAGGCGUGGAUGGAUAUAUAUCUGUUGAGUAUGAGCGAUGUGUUGGUGACGAGUAGCAUGUCGACAUUUGGGUAUGUGGCUGCAGGGAUUGCAGGGGUGAGGCCAUGGAUUGUGAUGAUUCCUGAUCCGUACCAUCCCCGCGGGGCUGAUGAACCGUCCUGUGAACGGGCAGUCAAUAUCGAGCCGUGUUUCCAUUUCCCGCCGUGGUUUGCUUAUCCUGAUCAGCCGGGGACUGUUGGGCCUGUGGCUCGGUGUGAGGAUGUGUCGUGGGGGCUGAAGAUCGUCGGUGGAUAAAACGCAACGAGGUAGAGUUUUUUGGGGUAGGUGAGAAAUGGAAAAUGGAUAGCUUUGCCAUUUUGUUGAUUACAGAGGAUCUAACAUGUAUGAAAGAUUCUCUUGUACAUUGCUGGUAAAAUACACAUUUUCUGACCAAAGAAGCUCGAAAUUAUUUGAAAAACAAACAAUCCAAUCAAUAGGGAGCACGAGAAUGGGCAACCCAGUUAGCUCUUGAAUUCAACUUCUUACUAAAGAGAGGGACUACGAUCAGUGGAUUCAAAAUUCAAAAUAGAAAUCAUGUUCCCCACAUAGCCUGCCAAGGGAAAGAAGACGCUGGAGAUGAAAGUCCAUUGGCAAGGACUUGACAGUCUGAGCGGAUAAUGGAAGGAAGAUCCAAAUGUUGUGCAAGUUUCAAAGCUUCAAGUAACGCUAUAGCUUCCACUUCAAACAGGGAUGUGCAAAGCAAAGUACUAGCUUUUCCAUCCUAGACUUGUCCAUGAUCGUCAAGAACAAUAACGCCAUAAGCAGCCUUCUGUGAACGUUUAAGAAAGAUCCAUCAUAGCAAAUAUCGAUAACGAGAUUGCUCGGUGGUGGAAAAGUAUGAUUCUGGGGUAGGUUAAGCAGGGUGCGAAGUUGAGGAGGUGUAUACCGGGGAUGGGGCACGAGGGCCAUUAUAACAUCUCCUUGGAUGCAUUCGUACAAGUUAGAGGGGGGCAAAGGAUAGUUCCUCGAAACACUUUCUCAUUCCUAGUCAUCCAAAUGUCAAAAGGAGGAAGAUAACCUGGUGAAUGGAAUGAGUGGGGAUGGAGUCCUUCAAUUGAAAAAUUCAGUGGAUGAAAGACAGAAGCUUGUGGGGGUGCUCCUAGUGACGGGAAGAAAUGGUUCCAAGUUGGGGUUAGGGGAGCAAUGUCUGUUGAAGAGCCUCAUUUUUGUUACAAGGGAAUUCCUAACGCAUUGCCAAAUAAAGAGUCUCAAUUUUG